CUUGUUCCACUCUCGUCGAAAUGAAAUUUUUCGCUGUAUCCUUGGUGAUCACGGUCACCCUAUCCGCUUGCGGAGAGGCCCAGAUGACGUUGCAGCCAACUACGGUGUGUAGUUGCACCAAUACCUUGUCGACUUUGAAGCCAACCGCCACGACAUUGAGCCCCAUAGCUCAAAAUGAAUACUGCAACAUUGCUACGUGCAGCGUACCUAGCGAAAAUACCCUAUGCAAAUAUUCGAAUUCAACCUGGGGAGCAGCUUGUUUACCAUCGUAUCCAACAAAAUCGAGUGUCAACGCUGAAGAAAUCGACAUCAUUUUACAGAUGCAUAAUGAUUACCGGCGCAAAGUUGCCAAGGGUCUCGAGACUAGCGGAAUUCCAGGUCCUCAGCCAUCGGCGUCUAACAUGAGGCAAUUGAUCUGGGAUGAGGAGUUGGCCGUAAUGGCGCAAACACACGCCCAGCAGUGCGUGUUUCACCACGACAAGUGCCGUAACGUCCCUCGAUUCCGAGUGGGUCAGAAUAUUUACAUUUCUGGGGCUUCUUCCGACUCGUUAGACUCAUCUAAUUGGCCUGCAGCUGUUACGUCUUGGUACGAUGAAGUUUUGGCCAUGACACCUGCUUAUGUUACAAGCUUUCCAUCAAGUCCACCUGCUGUUAUUGGCCAUUACACUCAAGUUGUAUGGGCUACUACUUAUACCGUAGGCUGUGGAGUGGCUUACUAUCAAUCGACUGCUACUUUUGGAGAAGAUUUUCCCUACAAUAGGCUCUAUGUCUGUAACUAUGGACCGACUGGAAAUUAUGUAAAUUCCCCAGUUUACGCUCAAGGAGCCGCUGGAUCUGCCUGUCCAGCUCCGACUUCAAACAACGACGGAUUGUGUGCUUGAAAAUCCACAACUUUUUAAAAUUUGUUCGGCUAUUUUUGAAAUGAUAUAAUAUCAAAACCAUUUGUUGUAGCAGCAAGGGUUUUUAACGGCUUAAAACAUGGCGAAGGAAAUUUUU